AUGGCAUCUUCAAAGAAAUUUGUUGUGGGUUUCGUGAUGGUGCUUUUGGUGGUUUCACUUUUGCAUCAAACAGAAGUUGAUGCCCAACACAAUAAUGGGCAUUUUAAUGGACUGGAUCAUCAAACUCUGACGUCAAUUAAGGCGGCUCAAACGAACCAGUUUGUGGAUCAGAAUCACGAUGAUGAUAGCAAUGAUCAAGGAGAUGAUGAUUUCAACCCAGAAGUAUCUGAGAGGCAGUCUGAAUUGUUACCGGAAAAUACAAGCGGUCUCAUCGGUUUUAACAUCGAAGGUGUAAGGACAUCGUUCGAGGUUAUUUCAUCGACCAAGAUGUGGAGGGGCGAGGAUCAUGUUCGAUCCCCAGAUGAAGUUUCAGAAGUACCAGAUUACGGUGAAUGGUCUAACCUUGUAAGUGUCAAAUUUUUCAUAGUGGGGGGAGGGGUGGUUUGUGACCAACAGGAAAGGUGA